UUGGAGUGGUUGGUGAGAUUUUGUUGGGCGGAGAAGAAAGAUAAAGAAAGAAGAGAGAGGAAUUUGGAAUCGGUGGGUCUACGACUAUCGAAGAGAAGAAGAAACAAUCGAUUGAAUCGAAAAAUGUCGCUAACGAGCGUGAAAAUGUCAGAAGAAGUGUGGUUAAGUUGCCUCACUCAUGCAUUGUCCACUGAAACCGAAGAGAUUAUGGGUCUUCUUUUUGGGGACAUUCAGCAUUCGAAAAAUGGGAACGUGAUUGCAUUGAUCUGGGGGGCGUCUCCUCAGAAGAGGUCUGAUCGGCGAAAGGAUCGAGUGGAAACCGACCCUAAGCUCUUGGCCGCUGCAACUGCCCUCGCUGAGCGAAUGACCAUAGCCACUGGAACUACGACAAGGGUAAUUGGUUGGUACCAUUCACACCUGCACAUUACAGUUCUCCCUUCCCAUGUUGAUGUAAAAACCCAGGCAACGUACCAGCUUCUUGACUCUGGAUUUAUUGGCUUGAUUUUUUCCUGUUUCAGUGAAGAUGUAAACAAGGUUGGAAGAAUUCAAGUAAUUGCUUUCCAGUCAUAUGAUGGGAGGCAGAAUCAGUUAUCAGGACCUAUACCUUUGUCUCUUGUAAAUAGAAGCCCUAUUAUAGAUAUCGAUUCAUCGCCAAGUUCUUAA